CCCCCGGCUUCCCACCACGGCCGCUCUCGGCGAGGAAACUCUGGCCUCCGCUUCCUCCUCCUCCGACUCGGACACCGGCGGAGCCUCCCCGCCACCGCGGAAGAAAGCGCGGGCCUCCCCGGCGGCGGCGGCGGCGGAGGGAGCAGGAGAGCCCGGGGCUUCCGCGGGCAGAGCAGGCCUCACCUCGUCCCCGUCCCCCUCGCUCUCCGCCGGGCUCACUCCCCUUGCUGCCAACCCCCUCAGAGCCAGCGGCAGCACCAGCAGCAGCGCCAUGCAGGCCAACGGGGCAGGAGGGGGUCAGCAGCAGCAACAGCCGUCGCCGUCGCAGGGUCCGGAGCUGGGCUGCCUCAGCGCCCAAAACGGCGAGGCCUCGUCGGGCUCGACCGCUGGGGAGCAACUGGCUCACGCCAACGGGUUGCUGCCGUCGGCCAACAACGGCGGCGGCGGCGGGCCGAGUGUCAACAACGGGGUCUCGGCGCCCGGGGGGUCCUCCGCCGAGAUGGGGGGAGGCAGCGGCGUCGGUGUCGGCGGCAGCGCCCUGAAGAAGAAGAAGCGGCUCUCGCAGUCCGAUGAGGACGUGAUCCGGCUCAUCGGGCAGCACCUUCACGGGCUGGGCCUCAAUCAGACUGUUGAUCUUCUCAUGCAAGAGUCAGGAUGUCGUUUAGAACAUCCUUCUGCUACCAAGUUCCGCAAUCAUGUCAUGGAAGGAGAAUGGGAUAAGGCUGAGAACGACCUGAAUGAACUUAAGCCUUUAGUCCAUUCUCCUCAUGCAAUUGUGUCAGUCUUUUCUCCCCACCUGACCUGCUGCUUUCUAUCAUGUCAGAGGAUGAAGUUUUUGCUGCUGCAGCAAAAGUAUCUAGAAUAUCUGGAGGAUGGUAAGGUUCUGGAGGCACUUCAAGUCCUGCGUUGUGAGUUGACACCACUGAAAUAUAACACAGAACGCAUUCACAUCCUUAGUGGAUAUCUGAUGUGUAGUCAUGCAGAAGACCUGCGGGCAAAAGCAGAGUGGGAAGGGAAAGGAACAACUUCCAGAUCUAAACUUUUGGACAAACUCCAGACUUACCUACCACCAUCAGUGAUGCUACCCCCAAGGCGUCUGCAGAAUCUACUGCGUCAGGCUGUGGAGCUACAACGGGACCGGUGCCUCUAUCACAAUACCAAACUAGAUAAUAAUCUAGAAUCUGUAUCGCUGCUCAUAGACCAUGUUUGCAAUAGGAAACAUUUCCCAUGUUACACACAGCAGAUACUUACAGAGCACUGUAAUGAAGUGUGGUUCUGUAAAUUCUCCAAUGACGGCACUAAACUAGCAACAGGAUCCAAGGAUACCACUGUUAUUAUAUGGCAGGUUGAUCCAGAUACACACCAGCUAAAACUACUCAAGACACUGGAAGGCCAUGCGUAUGGUGUUUCCUACAUUGCUUGGAGUCCAGAUGACAACUAUCUUGUUGCCUGUGGCCCAGAUGACUGCUCUGAGCUUUGGCUCUGGAAUGUACAAACAGGGGAGCUGAGGACAAAGAUGAGUCAGUCUCAUGAAGAUAGUUUAACAAGUGUUGCCUGGAAUCCAGAUGGAAAACGUUUUGUGACAGGAGGGCAGCGUGGACAGUUCUACCAGUGUGAUUUAGAUGGUAAUCUCCUUGACUCCUGGGAAGGAGUGAGAGUUCAAUGCCUGUGGUGCUUGAGUGAUGGGAAGACUGUGUUGGCAUCAGACACACAUCAGCGAAUUCGGGGCUAUAAUUUUGAGGACCUUACAGACAGGAACAUAGUACAAGAAGAUCAUCCAAUUAUGUCUUUUACUAUUUCAAAAAAUGGCCGGUUAGCUUUGUUAAAUGUUGCAACUCAGGGAGUUCAUUUAUGGGAUUUGCAAGACAGAGUUCUAGUGAGAAAAUACCAAGGUGUUACACAAGGGUUUUACACGAUUCACUCAUGUUUUGGAGGUCAUAAUGAAGACUUCAUCGCUAGUGGCAGCGAAGAUCACAAAGUAUAUAUUUGGCACAAACGUAGUGAGCUGCCAAUUGCGGAGCUGACAGGGCACACACGUACAGUCAACUGCGUGAGCUGGAACCCGCAAAUUCCAUCCAUGAUGGCCAGCGCCUCCGACGAUGGCACUGUUAGAAUAUGGGGACCAGCACCUUUUGUAGACAACCAGGAUAUUGAAGAGGAAUGCAGUAGCAUGGAUAGUUGAUGGUGAAUUUGGAGCAGACGACUUCUGUUUAACUUAAAUUUAGUCGUAUUUUAAAUGGCUUGGGAUUUGGUGCAAACAAACAUGAUUGAUAGCUGGACAGACAUGCUCGUCAUGAAAAAAGAACCAUUUCUGAAGCCCAACUGGGGCCAAACAUUUUACCACCUUGCUUCAUAGUAAACAGUUGAGAUGAAGCACGUCGUUAGAACGUUGUUGGACACCAUGUUGAAGUAACCCCCCAUCGGUUGUGAAGAACUGUGCUACAUUCAGGCUAACCAUUGAACUUCGUAUAUACAUUUUUCCCUUCUGCCAUUUUGUCAGGCAGACUACUGUUCUUGUUGCUCUUCUGUGUAAUGAAGUUUAAAUGCUUGUUUGGAAAACCUUUUAUUUAACAGUUUAGAAGGCUUGAUAGAAAGAGUGCUUUAGUCUGAAGAGUACAUGUUGGAUAGGAAAGUAUUUCCUUCUCUUGUUUCUCUGAGUCUCUCCGCCUUAUUUAGCUUGAGAUCUUUGCAGCUUGGUUCAUGGAUUCUAGCCUUGCCCGUUGCGCAGUAUAUCUAAACCCAGAUGUUAAACCAGUGAAUGACAUGAAAAGCACUCUCAGUAUCACACUUGACAAAAGGUUUUGUACUUUUCACAUAGCUUGUUGCCCUAUAAAGGGGUUAACAGCACAAAUUUUUUAAAAAAUAAAUUAUUUAUAGCAUUAAAAUGACUUCAUUUGUAUACGUUUGGAAUUUAAACCAGCUUAAAAAGUGUCAUCUACAAGUUAAUGCAGUAUAUAACUGGUGCUCCUCUGGAGAGUUGUGUAAGACCAUUUGGCUGGCAGGAGUUUUACACAGACUAUAUAAAGUAUUAUUUUAAAAAAGAAACUUUGUUUACCAACAAAACAAUUUGAGAGCUUUCAGAAUCGCCAACUAAACAAUUACAAUGUAAUUUCUGAAGUUAAUAAAUGAAAAUUCCAAAUUGGCCUUAACUUGUGCAAUGAUUCUUAUUUGAAACAUAAGAUCUAAAAUGAGGGUAGUACUGGUAGCAUUGUUUUCAAAAAUUAGUGAAUUGACUUGUCUCCUGUGAAUAAAAUACGUACAUUGUACAAACUUUUCAUAUCACACACUUCCCCAGGACCUUUUCUGAGGUGGUGGUGUCAAUUGCCUGGCAUUAGGAAUGGGUCCUAUAGCUUUCUGUGUGCAAAAGACACAUAAUAAAAGAAAACCAGCCUGAUGUUUGCCCUACUUAACAGUUGAUUUCAGAAUUUCUCCCUUCUAGUUAAAGGGUAAAAAUGCACUUAUAGACAUCCUUAAGUGUAAAAAACAGAAAAGAAAGUAAUUCGUAAUGAAAAUAACAAAAAACACAUCCUUGUGGCACUAGCUAAAAUAGGAACCAGAUGUGGAAAGAGGUCAUUGACUUCAGGAGAAGACAGACCCAGGAUUAGAAGGAAGUUUUUCUUUCUUGUGCAUGUUCUGUUUUUAAUGCACAGAUUCUGUGGUGAGGAAUCAGAAUUACAGCCACUGCACUUGUGUUUAUCCCUUAAUUCAGACUUGCUAUAUUUUCCCUUCAGAACUUUUUGAUUUGAUCAGAGACUCCUGAUAGAAUUUCUUUAAAUACUGCCAAAGGAGGGGAAAAGUGGUAUUCCAUUUUCUUAAUGUAGUAAAUCAGUUCUCUGAACAAACACAGAACACUAUUUUCAUAAUCCAAAUCACUAAAAAAAUGCAUGCGCAAACCAGGUUUAUAGAGAAAUCUUUAAACAUAAUGCCUUCCUCUUAUGUCCUCUAAUGGAUUUAAGAGCAGCAGAGGAAUUUACAUCUAUACUUUGGCUCAUCUUAAGCUGUUAUGUUUCAGCUUAUUUUAUGAAUAAUUCUACAUUACAUUUGUUAUAGUUGUCCAUUCAUUAUAGUUGUCCAUUCACAUGUAUUUUGUUGGUAACUUCUUUUAUUUUAUUGGAAGGGCUUCUUAUAGUCUACUUUUAAGCCUGUAUAACAUCUUAUUUUUGCAGAUACUCCCAUUCUGUAUCUUGAAAUACUUUACAGCUGUAUUACUGACAUGGUACUGGUUUCUAACUCAAAACUACCUUAGGAGGUUGGAGCAGAAAUCAGUGUUGAAAUGAUCACAUGUGCACCAGUUUGAUUUGCACUUCUUGAUUUCUAUAGGCUAUUCAAUCUGGUGCUUUUAGUAAAGAAUUCUUGCCCAGAACCCAUCCCAGUGAAUAAAUUUUGAGCCAGUAACUAUUCUUUCCUUUGAAAUGCAAAUCACCUGUGGGAAACUAAAUUAAGAGCACCAAAAUGGACAUACUGCUGUUCAUGUUUUCCCCAUGUAUUAAGGUUUUGCUGGAUGUUUUUUUAAAAAAGUAUAUACAAAGCACUUGAAGAGUGUGGAGCUGAAGGAGAAGCACAUAUUUUGCAAGUGCCACUUCUAAAAUUAAUUGCAUAAUGCAGGCAAUGCAACUUUCAAGUGGACGCUCUUCAGAUGAGGUAGUUAACUUCCGCUGUCUGGCACAGCCUUCUAUUAUGUAUGACAACACACUGAAACAAAGAAAACAAAGUCAAGAUAUGCCCAGCAGUAAACUUAACUGAGUGCAUUAAUCCUGUUAGGAUUCCUUGUGGGUAUGUUAAACAGGUGAGAAUCCACAUUUUUUCUAACAUAUGGACUGAAAAGCACCACCACCACAUUUUAAAUAACCAGAAUUUGAUUGUCGCUGUUGUAGGGGAGAAGACACAGAAUAGGUGUAUCUGUAACCUUUAUUUUCAUACAUUAGAAGACAUUUCUACUCUUGGCUGUAAAUGUUGGAGCAAUAACUAAUUGCUGGCCAUAUGUUACUUUGAGCAGAGAUCACGUGUGGGAAGAGGAUAUAAUAGUUUGCAUUUUGCCUUAGGUUUUUGUACCCAUCAAUUCCAAAAUAUGCACACCAGCUAUAAAUCACUACAGUAUCUUGCCACAAUGCUUCUGAGCUUUUCAGGUAAGUCCUUUUUAAAGUAGGAGCACAAAAUAUGAAAUAGAAUUUAAUUUUGACACACCCUUAAAAUAGUCUUGGAAAUAUGUGGCUUACUUCCUUCACUUUUAACUUUUUAGUUUUGGAAUGAGGGGAGUUUAAUACAAAUUUUAAUAUGAAGUCACAGAUGGAAAACAACCCAACUUUUGCCAAUAAUCUCUUUCUGGCUUCCAAGCAGGUAUUGUUGAAUGUAACUUAAUCUAAUACUAGGUGUUUAGUGCCAUCUUAACUAAAAAUAAAUCUCCCACCCCAAAGGAAAAAAGGCUUUAAGUUAAAAUAUUUUCUCAUACCAGCCCUAUGCUGGCAAUAGAUAUAUUGGGGGGGGGGAGGAGAAUUCUUGUAAUUUUUGUUUAGUUAACAGCAGAAGAAUGUCUAGUUUGUAAUUUUGGGGUAGGAAUGGAAGGGAAAGAGAACCAAUUUUCAAUAAGACUUGGUGCCCUUUGUCAAUACCCCAAAGCACACAAGUUGCCUCAAUUUGAUGCAUUUCAAAUGAACUGUUAAACUGGAGUAUCAAUCAUAUAUAUGGUUAAAAUGUAUAUUGCAUUGGCUUGAGUCCAUUUUCAGCUGCCAUAGAACAAACUGCUCAUUUGACGGACAAUUAGUAGAAUUUUGGAAACACUUUGACACUUUUUGAACAGGGUGGACUUAAUUGAUUUGUGCAGUGUUGUCUGCAGUAGCUGCUCUAGUUGCUGGAACACAAACUAGAAACCCAUUUCCUGUUUGCUGACUUCAGAUGAACUAGAUUCAGCAAAAUGUGUGUGUGUGUGUGUGUGUGUGUGUGUGUGGUAUGAAUGUGUGUGCGUGAAACACAAACAGUCAUGGAACCAACUGUUCUAGGUACAUGUCAUGUUUUACUGCAUACUUUAAGUCAUGUUGUGUGUAUGUGAAGUGUCCUCUAACUUUAAGAUUUUGGUUAAUACCAAUAUAUUUUUAUAAAUUUGAAAUUCAGUGUGCCCCAUCUUUUAAGUGUUUCAUUGUUAGGAUAAAUGUACUAGAUUUAAUUCUUAACACUUCUCGGCACAGAUGGAAAAAGCUAUCGGCUCCUUGAAAUUGUAUGAGGAAGAAACGGAUCCUCAAAGCAUGUGUGUACUUACAAACCAAGCUGUAGAGAUCAAGAAAAGAACUUUUAUUGUUCUCAAAUUUCUAAAUUGUCAAGAUUUAUAUGGAGUUGUGGUGGAACUAGUUAACACUUAGAGCUUUUGGUAUGUAAUGACUAUUUGCUAUGGACUGAUAUUAAAUGUUUCAAAGGAUUGCGUUCUUAAACUUCCUGGAUUUUUGUUACUCUCCUCUUGGAUUAUAUUAAGUAGUUUAAAAUUUCUUUACUCUAUUACAUUAAAACAUAAGAACUUUGGGUCUCCAUAUUUAUUUUCACUUGUUUUACUAAUUAUUUACAGAACACCGUAACUUUUUAUUUUAUAAAUAUGUAGUAUAUUAAACAUAUCUCAAUGUUCAAUUCAAACUACAUUAAUUCCUGUUUUUUGUUUUUAUUGGGGUUUUUUAAAAAAAUUACACUUUUCCAUGUUGGUGCACAGCACUUAACAAAUAUUUGUAUUCCCUUUCUUUCCAAUUCAAUAAACAGAAUGAAUAACUGGA